GAUGCACCUACUCCUACUCCAGUUUUCGAAAGACCGCAUUGUGACAAUCCACAAAAUGAUGACAUACAGAGAGGACAAUUUCUAGACGGUCACAAUGAGCGCAGGUCAAGAUUAGCAAAAGGAGAAAUGGAAUCAAACGGGAAUAAAAGUAUUCGAACUGGUAGAAACCUGCGAGCAAACAGUUUUCACAGCCUUGCACCAGCAGCGGCCAAUACUGUACCGUAUAUGGUGAUUACAUUUUUCUGA